ACAGCACAUGGCAUUUGUUUUUGUAUUCAAUUUGUUGGCGACAAAAGAGUAUUAAGGAAACAUUAUGGGUGGCCAGGGCAAAGUAAUAAAUCGCAAACGGAAAUUUGUAGGCCGCAAAGCAGACGAUCCGGAAUUCGAUUUGGACAAGAAACACUUCAAAGUACUGCACGUGAAUGCCGCCGAGAAGCGUCUGAUCAUAGUGCUCGAAGGCGCGCAGCUGGAAACGGUGAAGGUGCACAACACAUUUGAGCUGCUCAAUUGCGACGAUCAUGCGGGUAUUAUGCGCAAGAAUCAACGUGAUCCCGGCUCCUGUCGGCCCGACAUCACACAUCAAUGCCUCCUCAUGCUCUUCGAUUCGCCACUGAAUCGCGCCGGCCUCUUGCAGGUGUUUGUGCGCACCGAACACAAUGUGCUUAUCGAGAUCAAUCCGCAGACACGUAUACCGCGCACCUUCAAGCGUUUUGCCGGCCUCAUGGUGCAGCUGCUGCACAAGUUUCAAAUACGCGCCAACGACACAUCGCGACGUCUGAUGAGCGUCAUCAAGAAUCCCAUUACGGAUCAUUUGCCUGUGGGCUGCAAAAAAUAUGCCAUGUCCUUCUCGGGCAAACUGGUCAGCAAUUGCCGGGAGCUGGUGCCGCAUGGCGAAGAGGGCAGCAAAUCGUAUGACGAACCCGUGGUCAUGGUCAUCGGCGCCUUUGCGCAUGGAGUGCUCAAGACAGACUACACCGAGGAGCUCUUCUCCAUCAGUAACUAUCCGCUGUCGGCGGCCAUCGCGUGCUCCAAACUCUGCAGCGCCUUCGAAGAGGUCUGGGGCGUUGUAUAGAGUUCAAAUAAUAGACUUAGUUUUACGUGUAGUAGACAAAAAUAGUUUGCUUUCUACUAGAUUAUUGCUAUAAAUAUAUAUAUAUAUUAUAUACAAUAA